UUGUGUGAAAGGUCGUUGGGCAGGGUCAAAAUCACAGUUUAAUUUUGUUCUAAAUUCUGGUCUAGUACUAGUAGGAGUCUCGGGGAAUUCUGUGUCUAAAAUGAGAGGUUUUUUACUCACAGUGGCCAGUUUUGGCCUUACAGCGUCUGUAGUUGGUCAUGCAUUCUUUCAGAAGAAGCAAUUUUACCCAUCAGUCGUGUAUCUGACGAAAUCAAACCCGAGUAUGGCGGUGAUCUACAUGCAAGCCUUUGUGUUAGUAGUCCUGAUGGGGAAGCUGUUUAAGAAGGUAUUUUUUGGCCAGCUCAGAGCAGCAGAAAUGGAGCAUCUGAUAGAGCGCUCUUGGUAUGCAGUGACAGAGACCUGCUUGGCAUUUACUGUCUUCAGGGACGACUUCAGCCCCAAGUUUGUCGCCAUGUUCACCUUCCUGCUCUUCCUUAAGUGCUUCCAUUGGCUGGCUGAGGACAGGGUGGACUAUAUGGAAAGAAGUCCUGUCAUCUCGUGGUUAUUUCAUAUUCGGGUUUUAGGUCUCCUAGCUGUGUUGGGAACACUGGACAUGAUGUUUAUGAAUUAUGCCUACUACAGUACGCUUACCAAGGGGGCAUCGGUGCAAUUAGUGUUUGGAUUUGAGUAUGCCAUUCUGUUUACCAUCAUCAUCAACAUUAGCUUCAAGUACGUCCUGCACACCAUCGAUCUCCAGAGCGAGAAUCCAUGGGAGAGCAAAGCUGUCUACAUGCUGUACACAGACCUCAUCAUGAGUUUUGUGAAGGUGAUGCUGUACACCGUUUUCCUUGCCAUCAUGAUCAAAGUCCACACAUUCCCACUCUUUGCUAUACGACCGAUGUACUUGGCUAUGAGAUCCUUCAAAAAAGCAGUGAACGAUGUCAUCAUGUCAAGGAGAGCCAUCAGAAAUAUGAACACGCUUUAUCCAGACGCCACAGCCGAGGACUUGGCCUCCGCCGACAAUGUCUGCAUCAUCUGCCGGGAGGAGAUGGUGACAGGCUGCAAGAAGCUACCCUGCGGCCACAUCUUCCACACGGCCUGCCUGCGCUCUUGGUUCCAGCGCCAGCAGACCUGCCCAACCUGCCGUAUGGACGUGCUACGAGCACCGGCGGCUACGGUCCGGGUCCAGGUCAAUCAGCAGCAACCACAACAGCAGCAGCAGCAACCACAGAUGCCCGGUAUGAUGCCUCCAUUUCCUGGCUAUCCUUUCUGGAUGCCCCAGUUCCACCCUGGGGCCCAACUGCCCAACCAACAGCUACAACAGCAGCAGCAAGCGGCAGGUGCUCCUGCAGCCAGCCAGCAACCAGCCCAGGCCCAGGGAGGCACUGUGCCUGCCACACCACCCGCUGCAAGCCAACAAACUGGGGAUUCCAGCGCCUCAACAACCCAACCAGCUGCUGGCUCAACCGACGGAGCUGCCGCCAGUGCAACAAGUAGCUCGGACCCCUCUUCAUUAGUACCCCCUUUUCCCUUCAUGAUGCCUCCACCUCCGUUCUUCAUGAUGCCUCCCUUUGCCACCCCACCCCCUAUGCCGCCGCCAGACUUUGCCGGUCUGACUGAGGAGGAGCUGCGUGCCAUGGAGGGCACAGAGCGCCAGCACCUAGAGGCAAGGAUUGAGUGCCUACGUGGCAUCCACACAUUGCUGGAUGCUGCCAUGGUGCAGAUACAGCAGUACAUGAGUGUCGUUGGUGAGCUGGGCAUACCACCACCCCCACCAUCGACCAGUCUCUAUGGCUACACAUCUCCCGCAACUAGCACAACUCCCAUGACAUCUGCCGCCUCUGCACCAGACAGCACAACGACCACGGAUAGUGCUGAUUCAGGGGCCACCCCCAAGGUUUCUGCUGGCACAGUGCCAACAUUGAAGAAAGACAAGGAUUCCUCAGCAGACCUGACAAGUCUGGAUGGAGCCAGCGGUUUCACCCCACCCACUGAAGGGGAACUCAUUCCCGAGUACGAAGAAGGGGGUUCUGAAGAAUUGGACCACGGUGAGAUACGACGACGCAGAUUACAACGUCUCCAGAGCAGAGGCUCGGACAAUUAGUAAUGAUGGCAGAGUUCAAAAAAAAAACCUGGAAGAAGGUGAUCGCUUCUCAGUCGUCUUCUCACAGGCUGCAAAGCAGUCUUAAAGUCCACAGUUGAGGGCGCUGCACAAACCUAACAGCAAACACCGUGAAGGUGAUAUUUCACCGGUGAACUGGACAACGAAGUGCCGACACUGAAAGACAACCA